CUUGCAAGAAGCGUUUGAGGAAAGCUCCAUGGAAAUGUGUGAGCGGAAUCCUUUAAAUCCCGGCUAUGUUGGUUCCCUGUUGAAUUUUGCUCCCCCUGAGUCGUUGUAUUUCUCCAACUUGCGCGGUAAUGGAACCCAUAUACCCGGGCUGCAUCAGCUCCCUUACAAUCGGAGAGAGGUGUGCACGCUCCCGUGGACUUCCUCAAGUUCGUGCGCGUCUGGGCCAGCGGCACCACCACAGAGCCGCGCCUUUGGAGGCUACUGUCCGCCGUUUUUGUCCAGUUCGGUGUCUUUCAAUACUAACUCCUCAAGCGGCCACGUCAAAACGCAUUUGGAGGAGUCUCCUCGAUGCUUUCAGGACACAAACCAAAAGACAGAGGAGUCUGGCAGGCAAGAUGAAGUUUACGACGGGGAUCACGGGGUCCGUUACUCAGAUCUGGACAACCGGUCUCACGGUUCUGCGGCACGGCUUGAUCCGGAUUCAGCAGGUCCACUGAACGUGAACGGCCCCAAACAGGAGGAGAAUCCCAUUCACACAUUAAGUAACCCAUGCUCCAGGACGACUUUUGCUCAAGGUGCCCCGUGGUGCUCAUCGCAAGUGAAAACAAGAAAAAAGAGAAAGCCCUACUCGAAGCCACAACUAGCUGAACUUGAGAAUGAAUUUAUGAUGAACGAGUUCAUCAACAGACAGAAACGCAAGGAGUUGUCAGACAGACUUGACCUGAGCGACCAGCAGGUGAAAAUCUGGUUUCAGAAUCGGAGGAUGAAGAAGAAACGACUAAUGAUGCGCGAGCAAGCUUUCUCUGCAUACUGAUGACCUUUGGACUUGAUCCUGACCAUCGCAUCAAUAAUGUAACAUGCUGCGUCCGCACUCAUCUUAGAAAUUAGUCCACGUUGCUAAAUUGAUUCCCCCAGUUGUGCUGUGGUAGGAAACGGAGUGACUGAAAUAAAUUCAGUUUUAAAUGAAUGAAUGAAAGAAUCUCUACGUUUAUCAUCUGCACAGGUGGGAAUGUGGCUGGCGUGGAAUACUGGGCCAGUUUUCGUGUCUGCACUCGUGUUUGUUGAUGGGGUUUGAGCGACUAAAGCACUUUGGUCAAGGUUCUGGAAAUGCGUUGGUUUUUCUUAAAUGUAAAUAUGCGGCUUCUGUUACAUUAUAGAUCACAGUUUUAUCAAAAGGUCCACCACAGUCUAAUAAAUACAAGAUUCUCCAAAUGCGCCAGAGGUCACAGCUCCCAAACUGGCCUUAGCCGGCGGAUAAUAAUCACUCUAUAAGCCCAAUUCUUUCCCAUCCAACGCAAACGUGAGACCCACUUAAAGGGAAAUGUGGAUCCAUUUGUUUUUGUGUCUUCUGUAUUACGGCCUUUGCAUGUAGGGCAGGCUUAUUGUAAACGCAAACUCUCAAGUUCACGUUUACGAUGGGUAAACCAUUAGCAAGAGUCAGUACUGCAAAAAUAUCUUAUGAUUGCAUGCCCUUUCCCUAAUUACUACUAUUUAAUUAAAUAACUCAAUCAACCAUUUUUUGAAAAUCUGUUUUUAAAAAGUAGCUGUUGCGCGGCUUAUUUAGCGCUAGGAGGUGUUUUACUUUUGAAGCCUUCAAAAAAAAUAAAAAAUAAAAAAGUUGGUGGAUGUGAAACAGUCUGAUGGUGUAACGUCAAAAUUCAUAAUAUCUGUAAAUGAAAUGUGUAUUGUAUUGCGGACAUACUGUGUGAUGUCAAGGUCGCAUCAAAGUCACUCGUAAGUAGAUUUACAUUUUAUAAAUACGCAUUUAAAAUAUAUUUCAAUUUGGAUUUGACCUAUUUAAUAACAAUUUCAGAACGCAUGAUGUUGGUAUGGAUAGAAAUGAAAUUAUACUUUUUUUUUUUUCCUCCACGGAAAAAUUGAUUUGUACUGUGGAUGCAC